ACUUGCAUACUACACAUACCUUGAUAAUCUAAUUUCCAUAAUACAACAGAUCCAUGUAUUAUUUCCUCCAGGUAUUUGUGUUGGUGUUGGUGGCGCUCCAUGCUGCCCACGCCAGGAUCACGCGCCAGAGGAACAACCAGACGAGCAAGAGAGAACUGCUGGAGGGGAACUUUGGAGAUCGGAAGGCACUACUCUCUAAAUAUGCGGCCGUCUCGGUACCAGGCAUCCAGUACGCUGAAAACAUCAACGACGAGCUCGCAGACCAGUCGCCAGCACAACAAAUUUUUGGAGCUCGGCUGCCCCAAAUCGCCAAGAUAUCGGACGUGCUGACGGGGCAGGGUCCCCCCUUCGAGGUGGCCGUCGCCAACCACCUCUAUGCUCCGGUUUCGGUGUAUCAAGCAAGGCUCUCAUCACCAACAACAUUCGAGAUACCUUCACCAGCCGCUUCUCAAUUAGCAUACCCACAUCCUAAGUCAUACAAACCGCGCAAGCACGCACAGGAACAGAAACCGGCGGUACUUCCACCAAGAGAGGCUGAACAACUGCGGUACCAAGUUAACGUACCAGUAUACGCCGUGAAACAACCACGAUUCCGUUUCGAAACUUACCCCCGCCCAUUCUCCCAUGUCAUGCAUAGACUGCAGCAGAUUAACUCACAGAACCCGUACCAGCAGCAACCAGCCCCACAACCGUACCCAGCGUAUGACGACAUCGGACCCAACAGAUUUGCCGGCCCUGCCAUACCAUCGCAGUACGCACAGCCACAAGGACUCAUACAGUUAGUCCCAUACGACUCGGGAUAUGAUUACGUUGAUAUGGCGGAUAAGGCACUGGCCAGUGAUGAAAGUCGCGAAGAAUUGAAGCCCGAAGCUACUGAGAGACCAAAACUGCAGGCUGAAUUACCCCAGCCCAAAAAGGGUUAUCGUGCUCACCCCAACGGAGCCAUCAGUUUUGCAAGUUUCACUCAAGGACUCCCUCCGAAACCUCAUUUAAAAGUCUCUAAACCACAACCUGUUGAAGCUUCGGUUCAACAAACAGACCAGUCGAGUCCGAUACAGUCUUACCAACACCAAGAACAACAAGAAGCUAAGGAAAGCCUACAUUACCCGCCGAUAUUUGAACAAUACAUUCGUCAACUUCAGAAAUAUCAGCCAUAUCAACAAGAAGUGACUAUCCAAGCUGCUCCUCAGUCGUCACCGCAGUUAAUGACAUACAACGUACCCAUCCGACAACAGCCAAGGAACUUGAACCCGCUACGCCAACAAUUGCUUAUUGAAAGCCCUCACCAAGUACUGCAAACUCUUGAAUUCCAGCGUAUACCAGCUUUUAAACCCCUGCCUCAGACACAACUACGGCCUGAAUCUCAUUAUCCAUCAACAACAGCGUCACCAACAACUCAAAAAUCAGUGCCCCAAUUUGAAUCGGUGCCGCAAGUCAAACAAUUUAUCUAUCACGGACAACCAACACAAAAUCAAGCACAAUUUACUCAACCCAUUGUACCAGUUGUACCACACCGUCACUUGACCCCGUUGCCACCAUUAAAGCCUAACUAUAGCCAAUCGGUCAAACCAUUAGUAUAUCAAACUCCACCAGCAUUCUUACCUACACCGGUACAACCACUAGCCACUGCAACACCAAAACUUUCGUUUAAUGAUCAGAUUAUAUCAUCAACAACUACCCGCCCUACUGUUAACGACGAAGCCGUUUAUGAAGAUGAAGAGCAAAAGGAAGAAAUAGCACCACAACAAAAUGGAACACCUAAAUCAUUAGAACCUGAAAUAACAUAUCAAUCACAGCCCACUGCACUUCCUCUAGAACCAGUCUCCGUAACAGUACAGCCAACAACUUAUCGGCCUUCUACUUCGAAUGAACCGCGUUCUGAUAAUGAACAGCACACAACACCGCAACCUCAAUAUCAUUCUACAGAGAAUCCACAACCCACACUAACGCCACCGCGACAUGAAGUUAUUAUUCAACGUCAAGAGCUUCAAGAAUUAAUUCUCGAGCCGACUCCACAACCUGUGAGUGCUCAUAUCUAUAGUCACCCACGCCAGCAGCCAAACUCAGGCAAUCAACAUGAACAUGAAGUGUAUCAGAUACAGUCCCAACCACUUCGCAAUGAUCUAGAACAAUUACAACCUCAGUUAUAUCAGCAAAUUAUCCAAGAACUACGAUCUCAGGAAAAUCAACGAGGUGCCAGGCAAAGGGAAGAAAGCUUAGAAUCUUUGAGGCAACAGCUCGAAUCUCAGCUGUAUCAGAACCAACAGCGCUCUCAGCCAGUACCACAACAAUAUCAGGCUCAGCAGUUGCAAAUACAACUACAAAAAGAGCAAACCCAAUCUCAACAAGAGCAAGGAGAUGUAGAGGCUAAAGAAUAUGAACAAAAUACACAAUUAGAGCCACAAAAUGCUCUCCAUCAACCAUUCUCUGCCUCGCAGUCGUCUGAUAAGCCUCAGAAGAAACCAGAGCCGCAGGGUGAUGACCAACAGAAAACCGUUCCGCACACAGCUGAAUCCGAAGAACAAAAAGAACCUCCACACACACCGGCGGAACCCAAACCUGUCGCUGCUAACGGUGAUGAAUCAUUUCUAGGUUCAAACUAUCCUCUUUUCCAACAAAUCUAUAGGCAGCCGCAUGAGCUGGUCGUCCACCCGGAGUACGGAUCCCCUGUGGGUAUCUCUGGGCUACCUGAUGUACAAUUUUUUGGGAAAUAUGCCGAAUCAUUAUUUAGUGGACUUCAACAUUGACGUUUUAAUAUAGAUGUAUUUAAGUAAUUUAAAAUUAUACGAUGUAUGAAUCUUCUCUGCUUAAGUGUAUAGUAGACUAAAUGAGGCUUGUAUUAUAGUGAUAUGUUAUGGAAAUACCAAAAACGUCACCCAUGUCAACAGAUACAGAAUAAAGGUAAUGAUUGGAAGUCUUGUGAAUGGAUUUUGUCGGUAGAAUGUGUACAGAAAGGGACCGUAGUAUAGUUAUGUUAAAGGUAUUAUUACAAUCAUGAGAAACAUUCGUAACCAGGCGAUUUCUCUUAAAGGAUUGAUCGGGAAAUGAGUAAAUGAGAAAUGAAUACAUUAUUAGCUGUAUGUUUGUAUUGAUGCUAGCGGCGCGAGCUCAACUGUGAUGCCAUAUGUUAAAUUGAGGUGAAUAAAUAUUUUCCAAUAAAAAAUUAAACUCAAAA